AAAUGAAUGAACAGACGCUGCGUCAAGUUUUAAUUAGAGCAGUAGAAGCUGAACCUGACUUGAUGAAAAGUUUCAUCGAAGGUUCAAGGCAGGACAGUAACCCCAGCUCAGAAAUAGCAUGGUGUUCAUGUGGGAGAUGUCAAGCAUUUGAUGAUCCUCGCAUGAACCUAUGCUGUUGCCAAUCUCCAUGCAUAACUUCAAAACCAGAAUUCAGAAAUCUGUGUUUGAGGCAUGAUGUCUUGGAGAUUGCCAACAUUCUGAACUGGAGUUAUCGUACCAACCUUGAACCUUCAUUCACUCCAUCUACAUUCCGGAACCAAGCGUACAGGAAUUUUGUGCUAUGGCAACACAGUACCCUUGGAGCAGGCAGGAGAGUGCCAGUCCCUUCAUGUGUGUGUGUGGCCAUCAGGAGGAGAUUUCCACAAGUAAAUGGACAAUAUAGGGGCUACCACUCCGCAAAUUCAGACUCUGAAUAA